AUGCAUCCGCGUCGUUCUUCCAUCUCCGGUACCGAUUUCGCGGUGGUGUAUAGUGCGAUGUGCCCAAACGAUUUACAAUCGGAGGAGCUCGACUAUGAGCUUCUUCUUCGCAAAGUUAUCGUCGCGGAAGAUGCGUCGCGUCAAAAACGUGCAAGUUUGCUUAAGCAAAUUUUGCGAGAUGAAGCCGACGGUGAGAAUUUUGAGCUUCACUACGAUAUCCAUCCCGAAAUUGAUAUAGAUGUUUGCAAGAAAAAUUAUCGCGAAAUUCAUCAAAUGAUAACAACGUUACCUAAAGAUCAAAUUUCUCAUUUGAAAGCUCGUUUAUUGCACUUGGGACAUCGUUUAGCCGUGAUAAAAUACCAUUCGGUCGGUGAAAUUCGUCGUGAAAGUGACCUCGUGUUCCGAAAAGUUUUAGACCUUUUAAAUGAAGGUUUCUGGUCGGCACAUUCGCGUAUCGGUGACUAUGACGAGUCGGAGAGGUUAGUUAAUCAUAGAUACACGUUCGCGGAAAAACGAAAAACCGGUGCUAUUCCGAAACGAGUUGUUGAGCCAGAAUUUGUGACGAAAGAAGAGUUCGACAGGGCGAUGAAAGAUGUCGGUAGUUUGAUUCAAGCGUUAGCAAAGCAAAAUAGCAGUAUGCGCGAAGAAAUAAACAAGUUGACUACGAUCAUUACCACGCAGUUUCAUGCUUCCGCGUCGAACAACCCUACUAGUCUUCCGGUUCAAACUGAGACGAUUCCGUGCCCGCGUUCUACUGAAAUUCCGAAGUUGAACAAGACCAACCCGUUUUUGCUUCCCGAAGAGGAAAUUCCUCCUUGUUCAGCCCCGUAUUUCACUAACCGUGAUUCGAAUCCAUUUUUGGAAGAAAAUCCCGCGAUGUCUGAUGUCGUUACCCACGAACCUCCAGAAAAUCCCAACUAUAACAUCAGUCCGAUUCAACUAACAUCCGUGCAACCGCCGCCGUUCGAGCCAAAUCCGCGAUUUUUUCCGAGUUCACUGAACUAUUCCCGAAGAAAGGUCAUUCCGGUUUCACAGUGGAAAAUUAAAAAGUACUCCGGAAAUGAUCAAGACCCUGGAUUAGGAACACGUAAAAGUAGUAACUUCCAACGAAUAGUAGCUAACUAUGUACCACCUGGGGAAGGAGAAUGCUACAAUUGUGGAGACCUCCAUGAUUUGGAAGCAUGUCCGAUUCCUCAUUUAACAAUCUAUGACAUUCCGAUUCAGGCCUUGCUUGAUUCGGGUAGCAGCUUAACUUUUAUCAACUCCAGAGUCUUUGAUCGUUUGAAUCGUGUUAAAAUUCGUCCCUUGUCAGAUAGUGUAGAGCUACGAACAGCAGAUGGCUCGAAUCUCGAAGUCAUCGGAGAAGUUUUACUUCCUUUUAGAUACAACAAUAAAACCAGAAUCAUCAAAACCUUAGUAGCUCCUUCUUUAACAAAAGAUUGUAUUUGUGGGAUUGACUUUUGGGAACGUUUUGGGAUAUAUCCAGCCAUCGCCACUAUUUCCAAAAGUCCAGUCAAACAGCUGACGGACUCUGAAAAGCCAAGGCUUAGCCUUGAGCAGUUAGCGUCAUUAGAAGAAGUCAAACGAUCUUUCAAAACUGCUGACUCUGAUUAUCUGGACACUACCGAUUUGUGUGAACACCAUAUUGUGAUCAAAGAUGAAUUUAAAUCAGCUAAACCAAUUCGUUUAUACCCCUAUCCAUUGGCUCCUAAAAUUCAGGAAGGAUUAUUCGCUGAAAUCGAUCGAUUGUUGGCAAGAGGAAUAAUUGAGGAGUCCAAUUCGGAUUGGUCUCUGAAUGUAGUACCAAUUCGAAAGCCAUCUGGUGAAAUUCGCCUCUGUCUCGACGCAAGGAAGCUCAACGAGAGAACCGUUCGUGACGCGUAUCCGCUUCCUCAUCCUGGACGGAUUCUGAGCCGGUUACCCCGGGCAAAGUUUUUGUCGACCAUAGACUUGACGGAAGCGUUCCUCCAAAUACCCCUGGCACGGGAAUCUCGCAAAUAUUGCGCAUUUAGUGUUCAGGGGCGUGGGAUGUUCGCCUUCCGCCGAUGUCCCUAUGGUCUGCUUAACAGUCCGGCUAGCUUGGCGCGGCUUAUGUCCAGGGUGUUAGGAAACGGUGAGCUGGAGCCGAAUGUCUUUGUGUACCUGGACGAUAUCGUUCUGGUCACAGAGACAUUCGAGGACCACAUUCGGCUUCUCUCCGAGAUCUCUAAGCGUUUGCGACGGGCGAAUUUGUCAAUCAAGCUGGAAAAAUCUCACUUCUGCCUGGAGGAAAUACCUUUCCUCGGCUACAUUCUUUCUUCUCGAGGUUUACAGGUAAACCCUGAGAAGAUAAGACCUAUUGUAGAAUAUGAAAGACCUGUGACAGUGACUAAGCUGAGGAGAUUCCUUGGCAUGUCAAACUAUUAUCGGCGAUUCAUUGCCGAUUAUAGUAAGAUAACUGCUCCAUUAUCAGAACUUUUAAAAACUAAAAAUAAGACCAUCAAGUGGACAUCUGAGGCAGAAGUAGCAUUCCAAGUAAUUAAAGAGAAACUGAUAACAUCACCUAUCCUAGCAAGUGCUGAUUUUGAUCACGAGUUCAUCUUACAUACCGAUGCGAGUAACCACGCUGUGGCUGGCGUGCUUACGCAACGCCUGGCUGAUCAGGAGCACGUCAUCGAGUAUUAUUCAAAGAAACUAACAACACCAGAAAGAUCCUAUCAUGCUACAGAAAAAGAAGGACUUGCCGCUCUUCUAUCUAUUGAACACUUUCGAGGAUACAUAGAGGGUAGUCACUUUACACUUGUGACAGAUUCGUCAGCAUUGACGUUUAUAAUGCGUUCCAAGUGGAAAACAUCCUCCAGACUGAGUCGGUGGAGUUUAUCAUUACAACAGUAUGACAUGACAAUCGUCCAUCGUCGGGGACGAGACAACGUUGUACCCGAUGCGCUUUCACGUAGUGUGAUGGCCAUCCAAAGUACUUCAAAGUCAUCGUGGUAUAAUGAUUUGAAAUAUAAGGUCGACACCAAUCCUGAAGAUUACCCAGAUUUUCGGUUGGAAGGAGACAAUCUUUUGAAAUACGUUUUCCAGGACGAUCUAACCGAUCAUCGAUUUGAUUGGAAAAUCGUCGUUCCUGAAGAUCAUAAACAAGAUAUUUUAACCGCAGCACAUGAUCAAUUCAUGCAUCAGGGUGCAGAGAAAACUCUGGCUAAAAUUCGGCAACAAUAUUAUUGGCCAGGGAUGACAAAGGACGUUAAGUCGUACAUCAGAAAGUGUCAGGUUUGUAAGGAAAUAAAACCUCCAAACACCGCUACAACACCGUUGAUGGGAGACAUGCGUACUCCGACCAGACCGUGGGAGAUCAUCGCUCUGGAUUACAUCGGACCAUUGCCGCGGUCUAAAAGUGGAAAGCAAUAUAUCUUGGUCGCAUUAGAUCUAUUUAGUAAGUGGGUACAGAUAAAAGCUUUUCCUCAAAUCUCGAUAAUGGUUCCACUUUUACCUCCAAAGAGUUCGGUUCAUUAA